UAAUAGAUUUCUCAUUUUCGUGGUUAAAUCUAGCACACUCAUGUUUGAGCCGUGCCUCCUUUGUUUCUACACAAGGUGUGCGAAGACAUUGCGCAGCAUACGCCCUCUGCCUGAUAUAGACUGCAUGCAUAUAAACAUCAUGUUCACAGCAUUGAGUGAGUAGUCCCUGGGGCUUCGUAGCGGUUUGCUUGCGGGGUAUUUGUCGAUGUUCACAGUGUAACAUAUACGUUUGAAAUAUAGUAAUUUUAUAAAACAAGACAUGUUGCAAACAUGUAGCAAAAUGAUAGUAGUAUAGGCUAACAGGCGGACGUCACCACAGAUUUAGAUAAAGUUAAAAGGGGUCUUGUUUUUGUUCCACCCAAGGGACAGUAUUUUUCAAAUCUCCUGUACCUAGCGCUACGCCUACGACAUACCCCGUCUCUCUGAUGAGCUCUUUGUGCAUGUUUUGACGAGCUCUCUGUGCACGUUUUGAAAUUUGCAGGAAAGAAGGAAAACAAAACAAAGGGAGUGAAAUACAUAUACCUACAACAUGUGGCAAAUGAAAUAUCUUCCAUUAAACUUGGAGACACCUAUACCAAGUGAUAUUGCAAUUUCAAGAUCACAAAAACCUAAAUAUGUGGGAGACUUGGCAGAAGAACUUAAGUUCUUGCCAGAAGAGAUUGAUUUUUACGGAAAGACAAAAGCUAAAGUAUCUUUGUCAAUAUUGGACAGGUUAAAAGAUCAAAAAGAUGGAAAUUAUGUUGUUGUGGCAGGAAUAACACCAACUCCUCUAGGAGAGGGCAAAAGUACAACUACAAUUGGACUAUGUCAAGCGCUGGGUGCUCAUCUAAAGAAACAAUGCUUUGCUUGUGUCCGACAACCCUCCCAAGGACCAACAUUUGGUAUUAAAGGAGGUGCCGCAGGUGGUGGGUAUUCUCAAGUCAUACCCAUGGAAGAGUUUAACCUUCAUUUGACUGGAGACAUCCACGCUAUCACAGCAGCAAACAACUUAGUAGCUGCUGCAAUUGAUGCCAGAGUAUUUCAUGAAGCAACACAACAAGAUAUGGCAUUGUGGAACAGGUUGGUACCAGAAAAGAAAGGUGUUCGAAAAUUUGCUCCUGUGAUGCUUAAACGUCUGAAGAAACUUGGAAUUAACAAAACAGAACCGAAUGAUUUGACACCAGAAGAGAUUUCAAAAUUUGUUCGAUUGAACUUUGAUAAAGAAACGAUCACAUGGCAAAGAGUGAUGGAUACUAAUGACAGAUUCUUGCGAAAGAUUACAAUUGGACAGUCGCCUACUGAAAAGGGAAUGACCAGGGAGUGUCAAUUCGAUAUCACUGUUGCAAGUGAAAUCAUGGCAAUUCUUGCGUUGACUACUGAUUUGCGUGACAUGAGAGAGAGACUUGGAGCAAUUGUUGUUGCCAGUGAUAAAGAUAUGAAUCCCAUAACUACAGACGAUUUGGGUAUUGGAGGAGCACUUACAGUUUUAAUGAAGGAUGCAAUAAAACCAAACUUAAUGCAAACGCUAGAGGGUACACCUGUAUUUGUUCAUGCUGGUCCAUUUGCGAACAUUGCUCAUGGUAAUUCGUCGAUACUUGCUGAUAAAAUUGCAUUAAAAAUGGUUGGAGAGGACGGCUUUGUAGUAACUGAAUGUGGUUUUGGUGCAGAUAUAGGCAUGGAGAAAUUUUUCAAUAUUAAAUGCAGAUAUAGUGGUCUUCUACCAUCUUGCGUUGUUAUUGUGGCUACUGUAAGAGCUUUGAAAAUGCAUGGUGGUGGACCAAAGGUAGUGGCUGGUGCACCGUUACAAGACGUCUACACCAGUGAGAACGUUGAUUUGGUGACGGAAGGGUUUUGUAACUUAAGAAAACAAAUUGAAAAUACCAAACAUUUUGGUGUACCUGUUGUGGUGGCUGUCAAUCGAUUUCACACUGAUACAGAUGCUGAAGUUGAGGCUAUUAUAAAACUAUCGAAAGAAGCUGGAGCAUCUGAUGCAGUUUGUUGCACACACUUUGCAGAAGGAGGUGCUGGUGCAGUUGCCCUUGCCAACUCUGUCAUGUCAGCUUCCAAAGAAAAAUCUGAUUUUAAAUUUCUGUAUGAUUUAAAGCUACCGUUAGCGGAAAAGAUCGAAACCAUCGCCAAAAGGAUAUACGGCGCAGAUGGUAUCGAAUUGUCUGAAGAGGCGAAAGUAAAGAUAGACAGAUACACCAAACAGGGUUUCAACGAUCUCCCGAUAUGUAUGGCGAAAACUCAUCUGUCGCUUUCAGCCAAUCCGGACUUAAAGGGCGCUCCGACGGGUUUCACUAUACCAAUUCGUGACGUACGCGCUAGUAUCGGUGCAGGUUUUGUUUACCCAUUGGUUGGAACAAUGAGUACAAUGCCUGGAUUACCCACAAGGCCAUGCUUCUUUGAUAUCGAUCUUGAUCCAGACACCGAGGAAGUUAUUGGAUUAAUGUAGAUGUUUUUACUACCGUCCUUGCGUCCAUCUUUCACAGUGUGUCAUCCAUCUUA